AUGCUAUCCGAGAACUUCGUUCCACUCUCGCAAGGAGCUGGGUAUGGUGUUGUGGUGGGAAUUGGUCUGGCUUUCGGUCUCGGCAUGGUACUGGUCAAUCGAUUUCUCGAGCGGUACCUUAAUGAAAAGUCUGAUCAUACAGAGAUGUUUAUGGUUGCAAAUCGUAGCGUGGGAACAGGUUUGACGGCUUCGGCUGUAGUGUCUUCGUGGAUGUGGGCAACUGCUAUCAUCUGGACAACAGCACAAGGAUAUCUCUAUGGAAUUGCAGCUCCAUUCUGGUACGCGGCUGGGGUUUCGAUUCAGAUUGCGUUGAUGACGGUUCUCGCUAUUCAUGCAAAAGUCAAGGUUCCUAAUGGUCACACUGUACUAGAAAUUGUACGCUUGCGAUAUGGAAUGGCGGCACAUAUCAUCUACAUAUUCCUCUGCUUCGUCACGAAUUUGCUGUCCGUUACCUCCAUGAUACUUGGUGCCGCCGGGGUAAUUACUGCCCUCACUGGCAUGAAUAUCGUUGCGUCAACCUUCCUAUUGCCCCUGGGUGUGAUUGUCUACACUGUUGCGGGAGGGCUAAAGGCAACAUUCUUGACAGAUUAUGUACACACCUUGAUUGUCAUGGUCAUCCUGGCCUUUCUUACCAUCAAGGUUAUCAACAAUCCCGCGAUCACCGGCCUCAGCUCUUUCUACGACGUGCUCGUCGAAGCGGAUAAAUCGCGAGACAUCGCUGGCAAUUACCAAGGAUCUAUACUCUCCUUCAAGUCUAAAAGUUCUAUCAUCUUUGGCUUAGUUCAUUCUUUUGGAGAUUUUGCUUUGGUUAUCAUGGACACUAGUUUCUGGCAGAAAGGAUUCGCUGCUGACACAGCGGCUACAAUGCCGGGAUAUAUGCUAGGUGGAAUUGCUUAUUUUGCUGUGCCUUGGGCUGUUGGAACAACUACGGGUCUAGCUGCAAUUGCUUUGGAAAAGUCUCCCAUAUUUCCAACAUACCCAAGACUGAUGACCACAGAAGAAAUCAACGCCGGCUACGUCCUACCUUAUACUGUCAUGGCAAUAGCCGGAAAAGGAGGCGCCUGGGCCCUCCUCCUCGUCGUGUUCAUGUGCGUAACAAGCACAACAUCCGCCGAAUUAAUCGCCGUCUCUAGUAUAUUCUCCUUCGACAUCUAUCGGACUUACAUCAACCCCAAAGCUCAUGAUCGUCAAGUUAUUCGAGUAUCGCACUGGACUGUCGUUAUUUUCGGUGUCUUUGCAUCUGCAUUCGCGACUGCACUACACUACGGAGGUAUUGAUUUGAAUUGGAUGGGAUACUUUUUGGCUACGAUUAUCUGUCCCGGGAUGUUUCCGUUGGCUUUUACGAUUCUUUGGAAGAAGCAGUCUGCGGCGGCCGCUAUUAUUGCUCCUCUUCUUGGCUUGCCUGACAAUUUUGAUUGGAGAGUCUUCCUGCUCUUAAGCGAGGUCAGAGACGAAAGUGACGAUGACAACUCGACAAACAAUCUCGUUAAUGAAAUCAAAGAUUUGGAUAAUGUUACUCACCCAUAUUCACCUCAGGAACUGAAACGGAUGAAUCGAGCCGCGACUCUGGCAGCGAUCUUCAGCGCAGUGAUCGGGCUCGUCACCUGGGUUGUAUGGCCGUUGCCACUGUACCGUGACUACAUCUUUGGCAAAUCAUUUUUCAUGGGCUGGACAGUCGUUUCCGAGAUAUGGUUGUUUUUCUGCAUUCUGGUAGCAGUCGUAUAUCCAGUUAUUGAUGGCCGAAAGGUUUUGGCCAGGGCGUUUACUCUUUUCUUUCAAUCUCUGACAGGAAAGAAAGAUGCAAAGUCCGCUAAUUCUCAGAAUGAGACAUUUACGUCUACUACGGAGAAGAAAGAGGCGUCGACUGAGAGCCUAUCUGUGCAAAACCGUUCGGGGGUCUUGGAAAAGUCGGAGUGA